UCCUACGAUAACUCCUUACUCCUUGGCAGCAUAUGAGUUAUCAGUUAUCAUUAUGAUAUAAAAAUUGAAAAUCUAGAUCUAGAUCUACAGCGAUUUCGAUCUAGAAUCUUUUCAUUUUAAAAAUAGAUUUUUAUUCACUGGCUCUACAAGAGUUGUACCAAACCCACUAUUAUAAAAUAAAAUCCUUAGUACAUGACACAUAAAGGAAAUCAACUCAAUCAUGUUGAAAAUCAAUACUUUUGAUCUGAGUGAAAUUUUGCUUUACUUUUCCAUAUGGGUAACUCUCUAUUUUUUGCUAUGUGUACUGAAUCCAACUCGUAGCUAUGAAUGGCAUUGCAGAACAGUUACAGUUAUCCAUGCAGUACUGAUAACCUUUUUAGCUCUUUACUGUAUGUAUGUUAUUGGACCAUGGCCUUUUACACAUGCAGGUGGUCCUAAUUCUCCAGAACAGAUCAGAAUAGUGGGCUUAUGUCUUGGUUAUUUCCUCUUUGACUUGGGCUGGUGUUUAUAUUUUAAAACAGAAGGACCAGUAAUGUUAGCUCACCAUUUCCUUAGUAUAGUUGGCUUGUCUUGGUGCUUGAUUGCUGGUGCUUAUGGCACUGAGCUCGUGGCAACUAUAGGUGGAGCAGAAAUGACCAACCCUUUACUUCAGUUGAGAUGGUUUAUGCGCAAUACAGGAUGUUAUAAAACAUUGUGGGGUGAUGUUGUGGACAUCACCUUCAUGUGUUUAUUUGGGUUUGUGCGAAUCAUACUGGGAUCAAUGCUGCUUUAUUCUUAUUUUCAGCAGGACACAGAUUUUUGGGGCAGAGUUGGUGGCGUGUCAAUUUAUCUCAUUGGUUGGAUCUUUUUUGUUGGCAUUCUUAACUAUGCAGUUAAAAAAUACGUCAGGCGAUUUCGAGUGUGGCUACAAAAGGACAGGCCUUCUCCCAACAACUGCAGCACCCCACUCUAUGAUUGUGACAUGAAGGACAAUGUUGGGUUGAUAAGCCAGAAAGAAAUUCCAACACAAAGAGAAAUAAAAGAUGGCAGCUUUGGACUCUCACUCCGAAAGAAUUGUCUGAUACAAGGCAGUAUAGAUUCAUAGCAAAUAUCUCCUUCUGUUGUUUUUUCUGUUAAUUUUAGAACAAAUAUUUUAUGUUAUAUUUGAAUGUUUUUUACUGUAGCUAUAAUAUAAAGCUGUAUUAUGCAUUUUCAAAGCAACUGUUGAAGUGAAAUUUCUAAAAAAAUCUGAGUGUAUAUUUGGACAAUUCUAUGUAGUUUUUAUCUUUUUACCUGUGUUUUCACUUGUGUGAUAUCUGAACUAUUUUAGAUAUUUUAAACAGCAUAACUGAGAAACAGUUUUAAAAUUCUCAAGAAAUUAACUCCUCUUUUUCAUGUGCAUGUUAAAUUGUUGUUGUUUUUUUGUGUACAUUGGUCUACUGCUGUUGAUUGUUUGAAAUCUUAUAUUGUGUUAAACAAAUCUAAUGCAUAUAUUGAUCCACUGCUGUUAACAAUGUUUGAUAUUCUAUGAAAUUGCUCACCACACUGUGUACUCAAAUUAUUAAAAACAUGUCAAUCAAUAUUUUUAACAGAUACUGACAGAUUAAUAUUCUCUAACCUAUGACUGACAGAUUAAUAUUCUCUAACUACAUGACUGACAGGUUAAUAUUCUCUAACCACAUGACUGACAGAUUAAUAUUCUCUAACCACAUGACUGACAGAUUAAUAUUCUCUAACCACAUGACUGACAGAUUAAUAUUCUCUAACCACAUGACUGACAGAUUAAUAUUCUCUAACCACAUGACUGACAGAUUAAUAUUCUCUAACCACAUGACUGACAGAUUAAUAUUCUCUAACCACAUGACUGACAGAUUAAUAUUCUCUAACCACUUUACUGACAUUAAUAUUUUGUAUCCAUUUAAUGGUGAGAUGAAUUUUUACAUCCACCUCCCUUUUUUAUAUAAUUCUUUUACCCUGUGUUUUUGACUUAACUGUGCUGUGAAGUGUGGUUAAGCUAUGGAGUGCCAACAAGAAAGCUUCAAUGGUUUCAAGUUAGGCAUUGUACUUAAGAAACAAAUAACUAUGAGAUUCAAUUCAGAUCACAGAGUGUACUUGACUGUGGCAAUGACCUCAAUGUCUCCAAUACACAACUGACAAGUAUUGUCUGCUGUGGCAGGUUUCCAUUGAUGUUUGCGACAGACUGAUAUCCUCUCGUCUAAGAAUUGAAAAGUAUUUUCUGGGGUUUUUUUUUCAAUUAGUUUUUGUUGUAGGGUGGUGCAAUGAUUUUUCUGCAUUAGGAAAUAUAAACCUGACAUAUCUACAAAACUGUUUACAGUAUAAUUAAUGUAUAAUUAAUGUGACAACAUAGUUGAUUUUAAAUUUAAUUGUCAGUUAAUAUUUCUUUGUAUGAGAAUUAUUUAUUGUAUUUAUAAAGUGUAAAAUGGAUGUAUUCUAUCUGUAUUCAUGUUUUAAAAUGUCUUGUCUUUCAGCGUAAAAUGAUACCAGGACUGCUGCUAAUUAUUUAAACCUCUAUACAAACCUAGUUUUUCUUUUUAAUGUUACUAAUCAACCAGUCAUUUGCCAGUUAUCAUUUAAAAUCUUUGGUUUAAAAUUUCAGGAAUUUAAAUAGCAUUAUAUAAGCCUGUGGACUUGAACUCUGACUUGGUGUUGGCUGCAGUCUUCCUUUUAGUGGGUUCUUCUACAUGUUUAAAACAUUGUACCAUUGCUUCUAGACUGAAAUAUUGACCACAUUUUCUUUUUGACUAAAAUACUGAUCAUAGUUAAACAUUUUAAAACCUUAAAUUUUUAUUACAGAUAGCACAACGAACUAUUUUGGAACUGUUUUUGUUCUGACGUUUUGUUACAAAUGAAUAAUGGAAUUUUCUCUAAAUAAUUUUUUAUAACCCUUUAAAGUGAUGCAAACUUUUUCUUAGUAAAAUGAAUUUUAAGGGUAAUUGUUUAUACAACAACUAUACAAAAAAAAGUAAUUUUGUUUUUUAUUUUUAAGUUGUUUUUUUUUUUUUUAAAUUGUGUUCUGGUGUGUUAAGCUUUUAACAUUCCAUUCAUCAAUUUUAAAGCUGAAAGUGUAUGUGUGCUUUGUGUAUAAAACUUCAAUGCUUUAUUAUACUGAACCCUAUUUUAAUAUUUAUAUUUUUCCCUAAGUCAGCAUCAAAUUUUAUUUUACUAAAUUAUAUUGACUGUACAUAAUAUUUUGUGUAAUAUGUAAGAAACACAGCCAACUAAUGUAAUACAAAAUAAAAUAAAUUUUUACUUGUAAAAAUUGAGUAAGCAACAAAUUCACUUUUUACCAUUUCUUGAAUUUCAAUAGUUUGCCAUUAAUUUUUAAAGUUUUCUGAGUUGCAAUCUGUGUAAUGUAAUUUAUUGAAGAACAAAAGAGAAAGCACUAAGCAUUUUAAAUAUUUCGAAAUUUUAAAUGUAAUUAUUUUCUUUCAUUGUAUUCUUCACUCAGAAAACAAAGCAAAAGUAUAUUACAAA